AUGACAUGUUCUCCAACAUCUAUAAGAUCCAAGAGAUUGCAGAUGUGCCUGGAGGCAGAGGGGAAGACAGUCAGUAGGACAGAGGGUAACCUUGGUGACUCGCUGGUUGGUGGAGAUUCCUCUGCUGAAGGCUGGGAGGGUAUCGAAAGCUCAGUCAUCCCUGGUGUUGAGAUUGUCAUGAACCAUCCCUUGCAAGAAACCGACUUCACAAAAGAAGCCUACAGAAAGUACAUCAAGGAUUACACGAAAUCAACCAAAGCCAAACUUAAAGAACAGAGGACAGAAAGAGUAAAACCUUUAAUGACAGGGGCCGCAGAACAAAUCAAGCACAUCCUUGCUAAUUUAAAAAACUAUCAGUUCUUUAUUGGUGAAAACGUGAAUCCAGACGGCAUGGCUGCUCUUGCUGGACUACUGCAAAGAUGGUUAACACCCCAAAUAUGA